AUGGAAUUCCGAGUGGGUGACCGUGUAAUGCUAAAAGUGUCCCCUUGGAAAGGUAUUAUCCGUUUUGGAAAGCGUGGGAAGCUAAGUCCCCGUUUCCUUGGACCGUUUAAAGUAUUGGCUAGAGUGGGGCUUCAAGCCUACAAAUUAGAACUACCACCAGAAAUGGCCGGAAUCCCUAACACUUUUCAUGUAUGUUACCUUCGUAAGUGCCUAGCGGUAGAAGAAAGUGUUAUACCACUUUCGGAUAUUCAUGUGGAUGAGAACAACCGUUGUGUUGUAGAGCCGGAAGCCAUUUUGGCAAGGAAGACCAAGGAGUUAAGGCAUAAAGAAAUUGUCAUGGUUAAGGUUCAAUGGAAGCAUCAUCGAGGGUUAAACGUGACAUGGGAUGCGGAAGAGGACUUGAAGAGGCGUUACCCUCACCUUUUCUCGUGA